AACAUGGGAACAGACUCGUGGAAAUAAACAACAGCUAACGUCGAUGUAGUUCAUGUUGCAUGUCUCUGGUUCAAAUUUCGUUAUUUGCCUCAGUUUAGUUUUUGGUAACAAGUUAGCAAGUCAUUGGAAGCGCUUUGUAAACAGUUCGCUAACGUCAGUGUUGUCAAAGUUGCGUGUGACAUCAACAACCGGCGCUAGCUGCGGUACGAUGUUAACAACAGCGCUGGGUUCAGACUGCCGAGCUAACGAUGUUUGUUUCCCUUCAGAAAAGGCAAACAUGAGCCGUUUUAGUAGACCUGGCAGACACGGGACACCAGUGUUCACCAGGGCAACACACCUUGGAACGUCAAAGCCUGACCUGGAGAGAGAUUCAGGCUUCUCAGAUGCUAGCUCUGAGUACCUCAGUGCAGUCGAGCUGACCGACACUGAGGAUGCAGGAAGGACGGGGUCCAUGUUCGGCCAGGACCCAAUGGGUCCACAGUUGGCUCUGAUGGGAGGCUCAUACGCUGGAAUGUCUCCAAUGAUCAUCAUGAACAACUUAGUCCUAAAUCAGCCAUCCAUGAUGGCUCCAGCAGAAAAACAGUGGGGCUUUUCUUCACCCUUGGAAGUGAUGCCUCAAUCACAGGUGGUUCUUCUCCAACCCAUGGUUUCUAAUGGCAGCAGCAGCUCUGCAAAGACUUGCUCUGAAAAUAUCAGACAAUCAAAAGGCCACAUGCCUGUUGUCAAGUCAUACCCUAGAAUCGCCCCUCACCCCAAAGACGUGCCCACGAAAAGGGUGGGAUCCUCCAGGAUGAGGGGACGUUCGACAUCAGAAUAUGACCAGCGACAGAGGAGGCACCACCACAGCCACAGGGCUCACAGCUCCCCAAGCCUACAGCUGCCACUGCAGACUCCUGUCAAACCCAUCUCCAACUCUGAAGCAGCAAACACUCCGACACAGGCAGCUGAGAGUCAGGAGCAACUUAUUGACAACGCUCUCUACCCGCUGGCAGAAACCAGCACUCUGCCCCCCUGUACAGAGGACUUCAGGACAGAGAUGGACAACGACGGGAUCCAUGCUGACAAAUACCAGGACGACCUUUCAAUGGACAAUGAUAAACUGAAACGCUUCAGCAAUACCUACAAUAUUCUCAACAAGUCUGGCUUGCUGGGGAUCACCAUGCGCACAAAGCAGCUCAUGAAGGAGAAUAAGCGCACCCAAGGCCAGCUGCAACAACUUCAAGAGCAGACGGCUCUGCUGCUGGAGGCUCUGAGCAGCAGAGACCCACAGCUCUGGACAAAACUCCAGCUCUCUCUGCAGGACACGGAUAAGGAACAGUGGCGAGCUAAAGGUCAGAGACUCCUGGCAUAAUGUAUUCUCUCAAUCUGGGGGACAGAAUACAAUUUUCUGAAUGUGAAAAAGAUUUCAAGAAACAUUUUCUUUAGGUGAAAUAAUCAACACAGCAUCCAGCAUUUCAAUUAACCAAAAAAAGUGAUCUAAAUUAUAUGCUUUAAUGCUUUUAUCAGCAGGUUGUCUACAAAUUCUCCUAUAUUCGCAGAUAAUGGAGACAAACAUUUUCAGAUGGUCUAAUCUCUAAAUAUGAAACUGUAGCACAUUCACUCUUAAUAAGUGGGGGUGAGGUAGCAUGCUUACAUUUCAAACCUUUGCCUUUAAUAAUUUUUUUCUUGCCUCUGCUGUUUCAAAAAGCAAUAGGGCUAUGCCUUCUAUAUGCCGAACUGCUGUCUGCAUAAGCGCAUGCCUUACAGCAACAUGUGAGGGCACAUGGGGUUAAUUCCUAAUACAUGCUCUGUGAUCUCUGAUCUGCAGAGAAAACAUGAGCAUCAUUUUUUUUAAGAUCGAAUAGAAAACCUGAUAUGGAUAAAUGCAUCCCGAAUCAUGUCGAUUUUUAAAAAUCUAUUUACCUUUAACGUGGUUUAGUAAAUGAAACUGAAAAAGGAUAUGCCUCCUUCGUUAGGAAGUAGAUCAUGGGGUUGGAUAAACCACUACUUUUUUAAUGUAAAUUUGUAAAUAUAAAUUUGGUAUCUUUAUAUAAUUUAUUUUUAAAGGGGACCUAUUGUGCUCAUUUCAAACUUUGUUUUUUAUCAAAAGCCCUUAUUUAUCUCUGAUUGCCAGUUCUGCAGCACCUCAGUGAGCUGCUGAUUGAAACAUGCCAUAUUAGCCCAUCAAGGAGUAGCACACCUAGCACCUGUGAACAACACCUCAUACAUUUACUGAUGUGGAGGUUCUCAAAGCAAACUAAAACUAAGUAGCUCAAAUCGUUUGUUUGUAUGCUGGAGUACAUUAAAUCUCUAAUUCUACUCAAGUAGACUUUUUUUGGAAAGGGAGCUGUGCUGGUCUUGGAACAGGUAGAACAAACAGCACGAAGCAAGCAAUCGGUCUGACACCUCAGCUUCUGUCUCACAGGAAUUACUUUUACAUAUGUUAACCUCAUUAUUGGACAUUUUAGGCCAUGUGUAAUAUGGACAUCUGACAUUGCAGCAUUAUGUAUAUGACAUAAGAUAAGGGAAAUGCAUUAUAGGUCCCCUUUAAUACUUUUUUUGCAUCCAUCCACUUUUUGAUGAAUACCAAGGGUUCUGUAGCAGUGACCUCUCUCUCCCCAGCAACUUUUUACUUGGAAGUAAAUAUUUAAACUCUCCACCUAUUGUGGAUCUGCCCCCCAAGUGGUGGUAGGAGACCAGUUGGAUUCACCUGUAGUAAAUAGUAAUAGUAUUCCUGAACUAGCAGUGGCUCCUCUCCAAGCUCACUCUGGAUGUCAGAGUCCCUUACCCCAUCUUCCCCGAAGGCAGCCACUCUACGGAGGAAAAACAUCUCAGCCGCUUGUAUCUGCAUUGUCAUUUUUUGGUUACCUUCUCUAAAUCAAACCAUCAUAGGUGAGGAUCACAAAAUAGAUUGAAUGGUAAAUCAAAGCUUUACCGUCUGGCUCAGUGCCCACAUCAACACAAUGGUUCUGGGCACUUUAUUGGCACAUCAAAACUCGUUCAGGCUGUGUUUCCCAGUCAUCUCCCUCCAGGUUCCUCUUUUGUUGCCUACAUGAUUUUUAAAGUUCCCUUGAGACAAACUAUAGGGUCUCCAAGUGGUGCCUUUCCUAAGAACUCAUCGACAGACUCAAAGAAGCCUGGACACUUGGAGCUUCUUUCGAUUGCAUAAGCACAAACAGUCAGAGCCUUCCUCUUUGUGACUUGCAGUAGCUUUCACCAGGGAGAACUCCAAUACACUCACCCUGGGCAACUCUGUAAAAGGAUUUCAGUUUGGUUCCAGAGCCACUGCUGUGGGUCGAGGUGAGCCCUGUCUAGAAUCUAGCUGGUACCACUCCACCAACUCAAGUUCCUUCCUCAAAGUCCCAACAGCUACUCUGUGACAUCAGGGAUUGGCACCCUUUAUUUAUAAAAGGGAGGGCUGGGUGAAGUGUUUGAGUCUACUUAACACUUUAGGAGUCUCAGGGGUAAACAGUGUUAGAGCAGAAUCCAAUACAUGUGCAGUAACUGGUAACCAAAGCUUCAGAUGUAAUAUAACGACAGAAAAAACAUAACAUGCCUCCAUACGGCUCGCAUGGUGUCACCCAAGUGUCCGCAAGCCCAGACAUUCACAUUUGACUGUGAACCUCAUAAUUUACACCAUUUUAAACUUUAAAGUCCACCAGAAGUGGCUAAGCUAUCGGACGUUAGCACGUCUGACGGCCCUUUAAUGCACCUUGUUGAAUAUAAAAUAAUCCUGGCGAUGUUUUCGCUAGUGUGUAAUCAUCUAGAUUGUAGAAAUCAUGCUUUUAUUUUCCCUAGAAUGAGCUUUUUAUAUUGACAUGGGGAGCAGGUCCUCUCUACAGAGGCUGUCAUGUUUUAUUUUUUUUGCAGUAGCCCAGAAAAAACUAAACAUCUUUUGAGUUUUAACGACAACCGAAGGCCACCACAGGUUCUCUUUCAUGCUUGGAAGGGGAGGGUGAGGUGAGAGGUAUUCCACCACUAGAUGUCAAUAAAUCCUACACACUGGACCUUAAGAUGUGCGGGAAUGUACAAAUUUGCGAGAACUAAAAUUGUUGCAAGUGAAGUGCUGUAGCUUUAAACUUGUCUUGAUUUUGCAUAUGUUGCUGCCAUGCUUAUCCCCCCUGUAGUUUUAAGUGUGAUAUAAUGUUGUAUUAGUUUCAUUUAGUAACAAACUCAUGCACUUUAGUUUCAAGAUUAAUGAUAAAAUCUUUAGACAAAUGUUAGGACUUGUUUCUUAAAAUGAGCAUUCUGUCAUGAUGAAAUAAUGUGAAUAUAUAUGUUUAACUGGAGGCCUGUGCCUAUUAUAUAUUCUUAUGUUUGUCCAUCAUAUCAAUGCGUAAGCAGCUUAGAUUUCUGUGUUUCUUUUGACUGAAUGUGACACUUUGAAAGUGUAAAACAAACCAUAGCUCUAGGAGCACAAUACAGUCAGAGUUGCAGUGGUAAGAUAAUUAUAAAGUCAUAAAUGGUUCAGUUCUGAAUGUUAAGUAUAGGUCAACUGUUGCAUUAUUCUUUUUAGCAACAAAACCCGACUGUUGCAAUACUUACUCAGCAUACAUCGUAGAAUUUGUCUUGGUUUUUCAAAGGGCAAACUGAGGGUUACAAUUUAUUUUGAAAUUAUUUUUCAUAGUUUGUCGUGUUAUUGUGAAAUGUGCUUUUCUUCAGCAAAAGUCACUUUAAUAAUAAUAAUGAAAUGUCAUAAAACUAUG